AUAGAUGAGCGAACGUGUUUAAUCUCAAAUUCAAUAGUAUUGUUAAGAAAAUAUGUGUUUUCUGUCGUUCGUUAGUUGUUUGGCUUUUAGUGUUAGCGGUUAGCAUUAGCAGCGCUUUUAUUUUCAUUGAUGGAAUGGAAGACAAGGGGCAAGAGUUUUCUCACCAGCUCACCAAAAAUCUGCUGGGCAUCUCUUGGGUGGACAGCGGCUUGGUGCCCAUCCUCAACCCUGGCAAUGUACUUGAUUACUUCUCGGAGAGGAGUAACCCCUUCUAUGACCGCACUUGUAAUAAUGAGGUGGUGAAAAUGCAACGGCUGAGCCUGGACCAUCUCAAUCAGAUGGUCGGAGUGGAGUACAUUCUUCUUCAUGCGCAAGAGCCCAUUCUCUACAUCAUCCGUAAGCAACAGAGGCAGUCACCCACGCAAGUGAUUCCCUUGGCUGACUACUACAUCAUCAUAGGUGUGGUCUAUCAGGCCCCGGAUCUGAGCACGGUCAUCAGCUCCAGAGCGCUUUCCGCCGUUCACGGCAUCCAGUCUGCUUUUGACGAAGCCAUGUCCUACUGUCGCUACCAUCCCUCAAAAGGAUACUGGUGGCACUUCAAAGACCAGGAGGAGAGAGAAAAAAACAAGCCAAAGUCCAAGAAGAAAGAGGAGCCGGGUUCACUGUUCCAGAGACAUCGUGUGGACACUCUGCUUUUGGACCUCAGGUCAAAGUUCCCGCCAACCUUCUACCAGCCAAAGCCUGGAGAGAAGCCCAUUCCAGUGGAAGUAAAAAAAGAGCCUGAACCUCCCACGGAAACAGUCAAACAAGAGGAAAGGGAACCAGCGGCUAAGUCCACCGCCGCCGCACCAGCCAGCAAGCCGCCUCCCGAGAAGCGAGCGAGGCUCCAGUGACAGCAAUUACAACAUCGAACAAAACAGUUAGGACUUUGUCUUCCGCUACUUGACCUCAAUGUGAUCAGGAUGAGGAAGUCGUCCUCGUGUCGGACUUGGAUGCCUCACACACAGCAUUAUUGAAUAAUGAUGAUAAAAUGAACUUGGGGGGGAGGGCAGCGGAUGUUUGAUGAUCUUUUUGAUGACAUCAGCAUUUUGCAUGCAGGAUCAGUUUCAUUCCCGCAUGACUUUUUUUAUACAUGCAGGAAUGAUGGUGCGUCAUCAGUUCCUGUGGGAACGCGUAACCCGGCUUAUUUCACUUCUAAGCUUCUGUGUUUUUGUGUAAUAAAUGUGUUAUGUUAUUAUGGUAUAGCUCCAUAUUUGUAUUUAAAACAUUGCUUUGACUGGACAGUUUUGUCAUCAUUGGGUUUUCAAUUGAAAAGUCGCAAAUUCCCCAUAAAAUAUAAUGUUAUGAUUGUUACAUUCGAUUGUUAUUUUAUGGAUGUUGAAUAUCAUAUGGAUUCAGUUUAGUGUUAAUGGGUUACCACCAUAUUAAAAUGAUACUAAAAAAGUUCAUGUUCAUUUUCAAUCAAA